AGAGAAAAACAUUUCUAUUACUUUCAAGAAUAGAAAGAAGAGACAUACAAGCUCUAAUUAAAAAACUCUCAAAACAACACCUCACAUAUCUCUCAAGGAUAUUCACAACUCUUCUUGGUUGUGCUAUGAUGAUCUAUUCUAAUUUACUUGAUGAUAGAAAGACUCUCCAAGCUCUCUAUUUAUAGCACCAAAACUAGGUACUAUGAAGGUGGGAGGAAGGUGGGAUUAAACAUGAGGAAACUUUGAGGAAGCUCCCUUUGUCAUUCUUGCACAUGGAUGAAGCUUCAUGGUUGUUGCUUGCACAUGGAGGAAGCUUCAUGGUUGUUGCAAUUGGAUUCUUCAAUUUACUUGUACUUGGAUAUGUCCUGGAAAUUGAAUUCUUCAAUUCUCCCCUUCCAGGCAUAUUCAAAACAAACAUCCCGACUAUGUCUCUGCAUAGCUCUAGCUUAUCUCGUGUCACCACCUUUGUCAGCAUCCUGAAAGACCCUCGAACCCCGAACGAGGGAGUCCUAGGAGGAUCCCGAGCCUGGAAUGGGAGGUCUCAAGGCCCCACACCAUCAGCAGGAAAGAAACAGCAGAUGUCCGAACGUCCUUCAACAAUACCUUAAGGACCAAGCGGACUGGUCGGGCAUCGGAUGGCUGGUCUCGAAGUCUUUGCUUCCGAAAUUAUUUCUGUGAGGAGUGAGAAAAUGCAAUUUUGACAAAUACCCCAGAUGGAUUAUCUCGCGACCGGCAGCCCACCACUCGGCCGCGGACCAACAACGGACCCAAGGUAUCAGCAAUGAAGCUGACAGGCGGGUGCCAGUCAGCGGUCGAACACCGAUCAGCACCUCGCGGCCCUGUCCGGCUUGAACCGUAGCCGCUCGGGCCACCCGUUCGGCUAAACCUUCGCCGGCCGGCGAAAUUUCUGCUCGCUCCAAGAUCUCCGGCCACCAGAACGAAGUGGCUGCCCGGUCUUCUAGAGUUUUCUGAACCGAUGGCCAAUGGGCUGGAGUAGCCCGAGCGAAUCGAAAGGGGACCUUCCGCACCGUAUAAGCUCCAGACGCAGUCAUCACCUAGCCAAGUUCCGGUGCACCGCCGUACGGCUUCUGGCCGUUCAGUUUUACCGACCGGCACCUUCCCGUCCGCCGAGGUCUGUUUUGCUGUCCAAUUUUUGCCCUGCAUUACCGACCGGCAUCUCCUGGCUUGCAAUGAUGAAUUAUGUCUCUUCACUAUGGGCUAUUAAAGCAAACUCCCUUGGUGGAUUUAUCGGAGGAUGGGCCAUUAAAGCUCUCCACUACGCCUCUCCACCGGGUGCCAAACGGGAAAUGUGUGGAUUUCUCUCGAAGCAAUCACUCUUCAC